UCUUUGAACGUGCAUGAAUGAGGAGUGAGGAAAGCUCAGGAGCUCUGGGAGUACUGGGACCGAGGCGAACUCAGACCGGAUCAGACAUGGAAGGACAGAACUGCAACAACAUCUGCUCCCGGACGCAUAAACCCGCUACGGACUCCAAGAAGAAGAAAAAGAAAAAGGAAAUCCCGGAGAGGGUGACUUUGAAGAAGGAGAUCGGGCUGCUGAGUGCCUGCACAAUCAUCAUAGGAAACAUCAUUGGCUCUGGGAUUUUUAUUUCUCCAAAGGGCGUCCUGGAGCACUCUGGUUCAGUGGGUUUGGCUCUGAUUGUGUGGACACUGGGAGGCUGUGUUGCUGCUCUAGGCUCCAUGUGCUACGCUGAGUUGGGUGUCACCAUUCCCAAAUCUGGCGGUGACUACUCCUAUGUGACAGAGAUAUUUGGUGGGCUGACAGGGUUUCUGUUGUUGUGGAGCGCAGUCCUCAUCAUGUACCCAACAACCCUUGCUGUUAUUGCCCUUACUUUCUCCAGCUAUGUGCUGCAGCCUGUCUUCCAAAAUUGUGCUCCUCCAUACAUGGCAACACGACUUUUAUCUGCAACGUGUCUUUUAUUGCUGACCUGGGUGAACUGCUCCAGUGUCCGUAUGGCCACCAGAAUCCAGGAUGUUUUCACAGUGGGAAAACUUAUGGCUUUGUGUCUAAUCAUUGUUGUGGGUCUGGUACAAAUCUUCAAUGGAAACUAUGAAGCACUGACUACUAAGGUGGCCUUUUCCAUGGACAGGACGCCGUCCGUUGGACAGAUUGCUCUGGCAUUCCUGCAGGCCUCCUUUGCCUUCAGUGGGUGGAACUUUCUCAAUUACGUUACUGAAGAGGUGGUUGACCCCAGACGGAAUCUACCUCGCGCCAUCUACAUCUCCAUUCCUCUGGUGACGUUUGUGUACACGCUCACCAACAUCGCCUACUUUUCUUCCAUGUCUCCCGAGGAGCUGCUGUCCUCCAAUGCUGUGGCUGUUACAUUUGGUGAGAAACUGCUUGGAGCCUUUGCUAUCAUUAUGCCCAUCUCAGUGGCUCUGUCCACCUUUGGGGGAAUCAAUGGCUACCUGUUCACCUCUUCAAGGUUGUGUUUCUCAGGAGCCAGAGAGGGACAUCUUCCCAGCCUGCUAGCUAUGAUUCACUACAAGAAAUGUACGCCCAUCCCAGCCCUCCUGGUUUGCUGUGCUGCCACUAUUGUUAUACUGUGCAUCGGAGAAACCCACAACCUGAUCAACUACGUCUCCUUUAUCAACUAUCUGUCAUACGGUGUCACCAUCGCAGGUCUGCUGUGGUACCGCUGGAAGAAACCUAACUUAUAUCGGCCUAUUAAGGUAAACCUGCUUGUCCCCGUGUCCUACCUUAUGUUCUGGGCUUUGCUGCUGGGAUUUAGCCUGUACUCAGAGCCAGUCGUUUGUGGUGUUGGUUUGGUCAUCAUGCUUACCGGUGUUCCUGUCUAUUUUCUGGGUGUGCACUGGAAAGAAAAACCAAAGUGUAUCGACAGUUUUAUUGCACGGGCUACAUCUGUGGGCCAGAAGUUGUGUUUUGUGGUCUUUCCUCAGAUUGACCCUAUUGAGAUUGCCAGUCCUUCAGAAUGGACUGAUCGGUCAUCCGGCAGAAAAAGUUUCUCUGGCAGAUUGUAAAGGUUCCCUUUCUGAACAUGUGAAGAUUUUUGUCCUGGCUCCUAUUUUUAAAUUGCUGUUGUUUAUGUGGAGGCAUUCUUUACUACAAUGAAAGUCUCCAGUCUGAUUUCUGAUCCUGAUAAAUCAGCUUUUCAUCUAAUAUUCAAGUGGACAUGCCUGCUGUUCUGUUUGAUGUGUGAAUUUUUACAUUUCAUGUAUUGUCUUUUGAGGAUCAACGUGUAAAAAUCUAAUGGCUUUUGUUACCCUUUCAUUCUUCUACAGAACCCUGAUUGACUGACAUUAGGUAAUCAUGUCUUUUAGUUCUAUUUAGGAUUUUGUUGUGCUCUAAAGUUUUGAUCAACCAGAUCAAAACCAAUUAAAAGUAAAAAAAAAAAAUGAGGCACCGUUUAUUUUUGAAAACAAUUAAAACUCCACAAAAAUGUGCUUUGUCUCUCCCCCUCCAUUCCUCUGCUACCUGACCCCUUUGUUAAUGUGUUUUAUAAAAAUUACCACAUACUGUAAAAUACCCUUUCCCCCUCACACACACACUUUCUGUUGAUGUUUAUGUUUCAGAUCAUCAGGCAAAUCUGAACAUCAAACAAAGCCUCAGUAAACGCUAAUAUAUAUAUAUAUAACUCUAAACACUGAUUUUGCCCUUCUUCUUGUUGGCACCAACUGAAAUCAAGCCCUUGUGGUAGCUGUCGAUAUUAUUUUUGUAUUGAUAUGGACAAAAUGUUGAGGCCUGUAUACUUUUGCAACCUUAGUUUUCUUCUUUGUUAACCACUAUGUUAAUUGAGGAUUUAACAAGGAGGGGAAUUACAUUUUUUAACAAAGGUUUGGAAAGCUUUUUCCCUCAAUAAAUAAAGUCCUGAUAUAAGAGUUUUUUUGUUUUUACUUAGUUUAUCUUUAUCUGACAUUAAAAUGUGCUCAAUGAGCCAAACGGUAAGGUUUUACAAAAGACCUUACCGUUUGGCUAUAAAAAAACAAAACAUAAGAAUUGUGUUGCAGGUAACACUCACAUUACAAUGCUUUUUCAUAGCAUUGAAACGUGAGCUUCUGGUUUUGUCAAGCAAGACAGAUCUACUGCAGCCUGACAGAUAUCUCACUGAUACAGCAGCAACACCGUAAUCCAAAUUAGCAGAAGCCAAGUUGGGACUGAAAGCCCUUUGUAGUACAUUUGGUGCUGGAGGACGUUCAUUCCUGUUCAUGUUGCCACAUCUUUGGCCUGGACUGAAAUAUUUCAAAGACUACAGAACAAUGUGGUAUUUUGUAUAGUUCUCAAGAGUUUAAUAAUCAUAAUACUGUAAAUAUUCAGUCACUUGGCACCUUUGAUCAAUCUCACCUUGAAUUCACUCCAGACUGGCUUAGACUAACUUUAGGGAGAACAUAGCUUUGACAUCCAACUGCUGUCGCUUGACCCAGGCAGGAAAACAUGUACAGGUUUCACUUUCUCGAAAAUGCCAAUAGAAUUACUCUCAGGGAGAGCGUGAAUGAAGCUGGAUUUUGGUCAGAUGUUAUGGAUAACUUUUUGCUUGUCUUUUGGUUACAUAUUUGGCAGUUCUUCAAAAAUAAUUUCAGAACCUAGAGCAAUUUUCAGACUUGUGAAUUGCAGUUUUAACUUUGCAACUCGGUAUUUCAGCUUAGUGAAUCUGAAAUAUUUGAAAGACUUGUAUCUUGUCAUGUAGUUGUCAGUUAAACUGUUGAUCAGUUAUUAACUAUAGUUUUUCCCAACAGUUUAGUUUUUGUUGUUGUUGUUGUUUUAAUUAACAUGUCAAUGAACUUACUCACAUGUUAAAACGUUGUGCAAAUGGUAUGAAAUAGCAUACUGGUUUUUAAUAUUUUUACAAAUGAAAUCUAAGCUGUGUAGCCUACAUUUACAUUUAGCCCUUCUGAGUCAUACUUAAAAACUAUUUUGGAAUGUUGACUUGCUGCAGUUUAACUCCUUACAAUUCCUGGAAUUGUAAAGACGUCUGGUAGAAUUUUACCCGGGUUAGACAAAACUUAUUCACGAAGCACCUUAGGUCUUAUGAGGGCUCCUGAUGUGACUAAUUGUUAGGGGGAGUGAGGAGGACUUCGUCAGCAUAAUGCCUUCAAACUCAUAUGUCCCUCUGGGAUUUCUGUGUUCAUAGUUUAUAUGCGGUUUGCUUUCUGCAACACAUUGUGGCCAAAAAGCUAAUUGAUUUUGGCACCUUCCACAUGUUUAUUGUGUCCCUUAGCUUGAGGUUAACUGCAAACAUGACUCAUUAUGGCAGUCUUUCUUGUUUGUUUAAGAAUUGUUUUUGGCACUACACUAGUAGGGAUCUUAAUUCUAAAAGAUGUUUGUAUAAAAAAAUGUACGUCAUAAAAGCCAUGUAAUCUUUUCCAGGUUUUAGCAUUUUUUUUUCAACCAGGCUUCAGGUGGUUAAAGUUGCACGAUGGCCUAAUUGUCAUUAUUUAUUCAACAAAGUAAAAUUCAAUCAAAAUGGAAAGUGUAAAAGUAGUGCGCACCCAACCCACUUUGCAGCCUCUUUCUGACAAUAAGUCUGUCAUAUUGUUAUGGAAGUCUUAGCCUGCCCUUCUUUCCAACAUUGCUUCACUCCAUUCAUUCCUUCAUGCACUGUUCCCGUAUACACCACAGCAACUCAGUCAGCUCGGGGUCUGGUUUAUUCUAUGAUUGAUUGAUUUCUCCCUCUCUUUUAAUUCUCUGCUUUGUCAUUGCAGUUAUUUGUGUAUUUUUCUUUAACUUUACUUAAUUUACUCAGAUCUAAACUUUUAGAGGUGUUAUGUCUGUCCCUCAUUUUGUAAUCUCU